GUAUAAAGUGACGAUUCGCUUUAAGAUGGAAGAUUUCUUUGAUGUGUUGAUGAAGAAAAUCAAAGAGGACGAUUUCUACACUCUGAUAGGAUGUGACGAGCUGGCAACUGCAGAGCAAAUUAAAACUGAGUUUCGACAAAAGGUGAAGCUACUUCAUCCAGACAAGAACCCUGGCGAUGAAAACACAGCGAAGUUGUUCCAAAGGUUUGUAUAAUUAAGGGGUUUAAUUAAAACAUGAUUCCCAUGAAUAGUCUCUUCAUUACUUAGAAUAGUCAAGGCUGUUGAUUUUAACAAAAUAAACCAGCCUUUAGAUACUUUCAGGAGAUUUUUAAUCAAAUUUUUGCAGAGGAAACAGAUGUAAUUUGGCAAAUUCUACUACUAGGUGAUUUUCAAUGCGGGUUACCCUGGUAGUCGCCGUUACAAAUUUACGAAGAUUGUACUUGUGGCAGGUGUAUCUUCUCUUGGUAGUUUUUUACUUAAUAGUUAAUACCUCAUGAUGUGUUUUAGUCCGAAACAACAUGUACAUAUCUUUAAACUAAAAGAAGAAAGAAUAUCGUUCAGUAUUUUGCAUAAUAUUUCGUAUUUGUUUCACAAUAGGCCACUUUACAUUAUGCGUUGGAGGCGUUAGGGGGCGUGUCAGUGAUGCAAUCCUUGUGCGUCACAAAAGGGAGAUACGCCAACAUUCUCAAGUUGUGUGCACUCUCACAAGAGAGCAUCUGAGGCAGGCUAAGAAAUGAUACUAAGGCACUGCCAAUUUUAACAAGUACUCCCGGGGAAAUGGCGCAAAUAUUCAAUAUCUACCUUUUGGCACUGCCGAUUUUAACAAGUACUCCCGGGAGAAUGGCGCAAAUAUUCAAUAUCUACCUUUUAUUCUCAGUUUACAAAAAAAAUUCUAUUGCAGAUUGCAAAAUGCCCGUAAUAUUCUGUGCGACGAGGAAAGCAGGAAAAAGUAUGACUUUUGGCGCAAAUCAGGAAUAGCUGUACCUUAUGAUCAAUGGAUAGAGCUGAGUGGAGCAGCACAUUCAUCAUUACACUGGGCUGCCAAACCAAGAAAAGAACUCAUGCUUGACUACGGAAAAGGUGAGUUACAACUCAAGGGUCUCCUCUGGCAUGGGCAACAGAUAACCUUUUCAUGGGGUUUUGAAAGCAUCCUAGCUGAAAAAGUAUUUAAUCCCUAUGUCAAAAAUUCUGUUCCUACGUUCUGUUCAACUACAAAUAAAUUAAGUAAUCUUGGGAAAUUGCAAGAGUGCUUGAGAAUCUUCUUGUAGCUUUACUUAGCUCUGUCAUAGUCAUUAAGAGUACACUCUGACUUUCUGAAGUUUUUUUUUUUAUAUUUUUUACUUUAGUUGAAGAAAAUCCUCUUGAUGAAUUCUUUGAUGGGAACCUUAAGGCAAAACACUUAGUGUCACCUAGUGAUGACAUUUUCAAAGUCACAAAGUUGCACAAGAGACAUAGAUGGGGUUCCAAGCAAGGGAGACAUAUCAGCAAGUUUAGAAGAUAUGAGAUAUAGGACAAAUUCGCUCUCAAUAAUGUAAGUAGUUUGGACAAUCAGUACACCUGAUCAUAGAAGAAACUAGAAAGGGCUUGGUAUGAAUCAAUAGUUUGUGAAAUUCUGCAACACUGAGUAUGGGUUGGAUAAAAAAUUUUUGGCAGGAAACAGGAGAUUGUCAAUUCAUGGCUUUUUGUUCUAUCAGAAUUGUUUGAAAAUUUCAAGGUGGAUCAGGUUCCUCUACUGCAGAACUUUAAAAAUUAUUUAGUAAGCUAAAUAGAAUAUCAUAGUACAGAAAGAGCCAUCUUACACUUUCUCUUCUUAAGUGGAACAUGAAAGUGAAUCUUGUCAAUGACUGAUUGUUCCCUUAUUUUUUCAGGCUAAACAGUUUCAUGCCAUGUAUAUUGCC